CAUGCAAUUAAUGCUGAGAGUAAAGCAUCAAAAAGACCAAAUGAAGUUACUUCAAUGUUGCAUCACUUUCUUAUUUCUGUAACAGAUGAUAUAAAAGAAAUUAAACUAUGGGCAGACAAUUGUGGUGGCCAAAAUAAAAAUUUGU